AUGACAAUUUCAGAGAAAGCGUUUUAUGGCCUUGAACAAAUCGUGUGCCUAAACCUUUCAGAUAAUAAAAUUCACACAAUUACAGAGAAAACAUUCAGUGGGAUGAGUUUUCCAAGCGAGAUGUAUAGCAAAUGUCACGAAAUUAGAGGUCUUCUUUGGGAUGACUGCUCCCUGAAUUUAAGGUCAAAUCCAAUUCAUGAAAUCCAAAGAGGAGCAUUUCAGAACAGUCACGGGCUUAGAGUUUUUAUCGGGGCAAGUAGUGUGAGUAUGCGUGUAUCUACAGAUGCAUUCACUUCAUGCAAUGUUUAUGAAAUAGUAUUUGAUAGCAUAAAAGACCUUCAAUUUGCGAGAAACACAUUCAACUCUAAAAUACAACAUAUCGCGAUACUGAAUUCCGUCUUACCUAAUUUUGUAAGUGAAACAUUCAGCGGGACAGAUAAUCUUCAAAGCUUGUUGAUAUCAAAAUGCAUAAUUGAAGAAAUCGAGGAAAGUGCCUUUGGUGGCAUGGCAUUCAAGGUCGAUUCAAUAUUCCCAACCAACAUAACAAUUGAGGAUUCGGUUAUCAACGACUCCUUUUCCGAAGAUUGUUUCCAAGGGUCAGAUAUGAAAGUAAUCUUAAUUCAGAAUAACCAUAUGGAAGGGUUUGACGCAUUUACCUUUCAAGGACUGGCCUUAGAUAAAAUCAUGAUCAUAUCAAAUUCAAAUUGGAAUCAAAUAAAUACAAAUGCAUUUUCUAACAUUGGAAAAGUAAACCAAGGAAUUCAUUUCGAGGGAAACAAUCUAAGUACCAUCCAAUCGGACUCCUUUAAAUUAUCCCAUGGUAUUAACACGAUACGGCUGAGUAGACAGUCUUCUACCUUGACAUUGAACUCUGGUGCUUUUAGAGAGAUCUAUGGUCUUGAUAGUCUGGUGAUUUCAAAUUGUAGAAUUGGCGAAAUAGAGACCGGUGCUUUUGGUUCGAUUAGAUUUAAUGGCCAGUCAUCAUUUACAACCAACAUAACAAUUGAGCGUUCACUUAUCGAAGGCUUUUUUCCUCGAGAUUCUUUCCAAGGAUCUAAUAUGAAGCAAAUCAUUUUUUACAUGAAUCAUAUGAAAGGGUUUGAAGCAUUCGCAUUUCAAGAUUUAGUUUUAGACAAACUCAUGUUUACAUUAAACUCUAACUGGACUCAGAUAAAUGCAAAUGCAUUUUCUAAUAUUGCAGAAGUUAGCCAAGGAAUUCAUUUUUAUGAAAAUGACUUCGCUGUUAUCCAAAACAAUUCAUUUAUGAAAUCAAAAGGAAUCGCAACGAUAAGGUUCACCGGGCAAACUUCUAAAUUGACAAUUCUCUCUGAUGCUUUUAAUGGUAUUUAUGGUCUCGAUAGUUUGGUGAUAUCAAAUUGUAGAAUUGACCAAAUAGAAAGCAAUGCUUUUGGUGGGAUUAGAUUCAAUCGCAACUCAGGAUUCUCAAGCAACGUAACAAUUGAGCAUUCACAUAUCGAUACCUUAUUCCCACGAGAUUCUUUCUAUGGGUCUAACAUGACACAGAUCAUAAUUCAAAUGAAUCGCUUGAAAGGGUUUGGAGCGUUUGUCUUUCAAGGCUUGACCUUUAACAAGCUCAUGAUCAUGUUCAAUACGAAGUGGAAUAAAAUCGAAACAAAUACAUUUGCUAACAUCAAAAAUAUAACAGAUGGAAUAUAUUUCCAAGGCAAUAAGCUAUACGAAAUUCAAUCCGACUCUUUCGCAGAUUCAGUAAUUAAAACCCUUAAGUUCAUUGAUCAACCGACUAUAUUACACUUGAAUCCUUAUAGUUUCAGAAACCUGGAGCAUACCAAAAGCAUUGUUUUUGAAAAUAUGGCUAAUGUCUAUAUAGAGAAAUGGGCCUUCUACGGAAUAUGGUAUUUUGGAACGUUAUUAUUCCAAAAUGGAACGAUGAUUUCAAAUUUUGACAGACAAGCAAUUGAUUUUUACCAGGGGAGCAGGGGAAUACAAAAUUUACAGCUUUUGGAUUACCCCAUACAGUGUAAUUGUGACGCGAAGUAUUUGGCAAAAAAUUCUAAAAUGAAAGAUAUAGACUUCACUAUAACUUGUACGGAUAAGGGUGAAAGUAACCACACUAUAAUUGUUUGUUCGGAUAUGAUUGCUGAUUGGCAACCUCCAAAAGCAUCUCUGCCGAUGUGUAAAGAUGAGAGAAAAUGUCCAAGACAUAAUAGGUCUGUUGCCAAUUCUCUAUCUUCAUAUUCAGUCUGUUUUG